CACUUGCCAGAGGGAAGCAGUGAGCAGACGAGAAGAAAGGUUCCCCAGCCACACUGUGAUGCAUCCAGCCAGGACGCUCUGCAGCGAUAAAAGUUCUCCAGGGUUUUUGUUCCCACCCCAAAACUCUUCAGCCUCCUCAGAAAGAUCAUGAAGAGGAAUGUGUAAGAAAAAUGCUCCAGCGAUGGCCUGUGUUUUGGCCGAGAGGAAGGAGAAGGCUCUCCUGGCCUGGGUGAACAAUUUUGCCCUGGGUGACUCGGUUGGGAAGAUUUGCGAGUUGAGGGAUGGCUACCUGCUCAGCCAGUUACCUGCCAGGCUUGGUGGGAGAGAAGCAGUAUCCUCUGUGGAUCAAACGCCAGCAGAGCGUUUCAAGGAGGUGGCGGACUUCCUGGACAAACAGUGCAGAUUUACUGCUGGAUGUGGCGUCUCCAUCAGCUGGGAGAAGAUCACGGACGCCCUCAGCAGCCACGCCGACAUGGAAUUGGCCAAGGUGGUGCUCCUUCUGUGCCACCACUCUAUGGCAGUGUCGCUGUUCCCGAUGCACAGCCUGGACUACAACACAGAGUUGGAGCUGGUGUCCAUGUUCCGAUACAUUGUGGAGGACUGCAGCGGAUACUACCUAACUGAGAACCUGGAGCAGUUUCUGACCAGGAAGACUGUGCUGGACGUAUCGUCGUCCAGCAGUGUGUCCAGUUCAGAUGGAGCAUCUCCUGCCCUCCCCCUCAGGAGGAAGACCUCCGUACGCUUCCUGGAGCUCAACACCGUGGCCAGCAACGCUGUUAGCUCUCCCAUUCAGGAGCUAAUGAGCACGCCUCAGUUCCAGCUGUGUCGCCUGAGGAGACAGGUAGCUCAGGAGGAGCAGGUACGAGACGAGCUGGAGAAAGAGUUGUCAGAACACAGGAGCAGCAUACAGGAGAAAGACUCCCAGGUGGCCCAGCUGCAACAUCGGCUGCAGAAGGUGCAGAGGGAGCAGUUGGACCAAGAGGCUCAACACAAGAACACACUGCAGGAGCUGCAGAAUAAGAACGAUGGGCUGCUUCAGCGUCUGCAUGAAGUCCUCCGACAGAGUCAGGAUCUCAAGACUGAUAACCUUCAAAAGGAGAAGCGAGUGGACCACCUCUGUGAUGAGAAUGGACUGCUCUCCACACAGGUGCGUGAGCUGGCUGGGCAGCUGGCGUCGCUAAGGCAACAGAUGAUGCUCCUACAGGAGGAGGAGCUUCAGAGUGGCAGCAGAAAGCAGGAACUGCAGAAGGAGCUAAGCCAAGCGCUGCAGCACAAGGAGUGUCUGAGUGAGCAGCUGGAGAUUGAGCGGGGGAAGGUGUGUGUGUUGGAGGAGGAGCUGACAGAGGUGCGCUUUCGGCCCUGUCACCAUGGAGACGGGGAGGUCAUGGGACCCAUAAUGGAGUGGGAACGUUUGCAGCAGGAAGUGACCAAACUCCAGGUUCAGCUUCACGAAGCUGCCACUGAGAAAGAGGCGGACAUGCUUGCUUUGGACACUGAGCGUUCUGAGAAGAUGGCGCUAUUACAGGAAGUUGCUUAUCACCAACAGGAAGUAACCAAACUGCAGACUCGGCUUCGGGAAGCUGCCACUGACAAGGACGCGGAUAUGAUUACCUUGGAGACUGAGCGUUCUGAGAAGAUGGUGCUGCAACAGGAAGUAACCAAGCUCCAGGCUCAGCUUCAGGAAGUGGAAACUGAGAGGGGAGCUCAUAUCGUAGCCUUGGAAACAGAGCUUGCUCAGAAGAAUUUAUUGCAGGAAGAAGUCAUGCAGUACCAACAGGAAGUGACCAAACUGCAGACUCAGCUUCAGGAAGCUGCCACUGACAAGGAGGCGGAUAUGGUUGCCUUGGAGAAUGAGCGUUCUGAGAAGAUGGUGCUACAACAGGAAGUGACCAAGCUCCAGGCUCAGCUUCAGGAAGUGGAAACUGAGAGGGGAGCUCAUAUGGUUGCCUUGGAAAAAGAGCUUGCUCAGAAGAAUUUAUUGCAGGAAGAAGUCAUGCAGUACCAACAGGAAGUGACCACACUACAGACUCAGCUUCAGGAAGCUACUGCUGAAAACAAAGCUCAUAUGGUUGCCAUGGAAGCAGAACAUGCUCAGAAGGCCUUACUGGAGCAGGAAGUGACCAAACUGCAGACUCAGCUUCAGGAUGCUGCCACUGACAAGGAGGCGGAUAUGGUUGCUUUGGAAAGUGAGCGUUCUGAGAAGAUGGUGCUACAACAGGAAGUGACCAAGCUCCAGGCUCAGCUUCAGGAAGUGGAAACUGAGAGUGGAGGUCAUAUGGUAGCCUUGGAAACGGAGCUUGCUCAGAAGAAUUUAUUGCAGGAAGAAGUCAUGCAGUACCAACAGGAAGUGACCACACUACAGACUCGGCUUCAGGAAGCUGCUGCUGAAAACAACGCUCAUAUGGUUGCCGUGGAAGCAGGACAUGCACAGAAGGCCUUGCUGGAGCUGGAAGUGACCAAACUGCAGACUCGGCUUCAGGAAGCAGCCACUGAGAAGGAGGCGGAUACAGUUGCCUUGGACAAUGAGCGUUCUGAGAAGAUUUCACUGAAGCAGGAAGUGACCAAACUCCAAACUGAGCUUCAGGAAGUGGACACUGAGAGGGGAGCUCAUAUGGUAGCCUUGGAGACGGAGCGUGCUCAGAAGACUGCUCUGCAGCAGAACGUUCUGCAUUACCAACAGGAAGUGACCACACUGCAAGCUCAGCUUCAGGAAGUCGCCACCAAGGGGGGUGCUGAUCUGGCAGUCUUGGAGAUGGAGCGAGCACAGAGGAUUACUUUGCAACAGGAAGUUACUAAUCACCAACAGGAAGUAAUCAAACUCCAGGCUCAGCUUCAGGAAGCUGCCACUGCGAAGGAGGUCGAUAAAGUUGCCUUGGAUGCCGAGCGUUCUCAGAAGAUGGCGCUACAACAGGAAGUUACUAAUCACCAACAGGAAGUAACCAAACUCCAGGCUCAGCUUCAGGAAGCUGUUGCUGAAAACAAAACUUAUAUGGUUGCUGUGGAAGCAGGACAUGCUCAGAAGACCUUGCUGGAGCAGGAAGUGACCCAACUGCAGAAUCAGCUUCAGGAAGCUGUCACUGAGAAGGAGGCAGAUAAGGUUGCCUUGGAGACCCAGCGUUCUCAGAUGGUGGCGCUUCAACAGGAAGUAAUUAAUCACCAACAGCAAGUGACCAAACUCCAGACUCAGCUUCAGGAAGCUGACACUGAGAAGGAGGCAGAUAUGGUUACCUUGGAGACUGAGCGUUCUGAGAAAAUUGUGCUACAACAGGAAGUUACUAAUCACCAACAGGAAGUAGCAAAACUGCAGGUUCAGCUUCAGGAGGUCGCCACCAAGGGGGGUGCUGAUCUGGCAGUCUUGGAGAUGGAGCGAGCACAGAGGAUUACUCUGCAGCAAGAAAUUACUAAUCACCAACAGGAAGUGACCAAACUCCAGGCUCAGCUUCAGGAAGCUGCUGUUGAAAACAAAGCUUAUAUGGUUGCCAUGGAAGCAGGACAUGCUCAGAAGACCUUGCUGGAGAAGGAAGUGACCAAACUGCAGACGCAGCUUCAGGAAGCAGUCACUGAGAAGGAGGCAGAUAUGGUUACCUUGGAGACCCAGCGUUCUCAGAUGGUGGCGCUUCAACAGGAAGUAAUUAAUCACCAACAGCAAGUGACCAAACUCCAGACUCAGCUUCAGGAAGCUGACACUGAGAAGGAGGCAGAUAUGGUUACCUUGGAGACUGAGCGUUCUGAGAAAAUUGUGCUACAACAGGAAGUUACUAAUCACCAACAGGAAGUAGCAAAACUGCAGGUUCAGCUUCAGGAGGUCGCCACCAAGGGGGGUGCUGAUCUGGCAGUCUUGGAGAUGGAGCGAGCACAGAGGAUUACUCUGCAGCAAGAAAUUACUAAUCACCAACAGGAAGUGACCAAACUCCAAGCUCAGCUUCAGGAAGCGGUCACUGAGAAGGAGGCAGAUAAGGUUGCCUUGGAGACCAUGCGUUACCAGAUGGCGGCGCUUCAACAGGAAGUUACUAAUCACCAACAGGAAGUGACCAAACUCCAGACUCAGCUUCAGGAAGUUGCCACCAAGAGGGAAGCAGACAUGAAGACUUUGGAGAUGGAACUUUCUAGGAAUACUUCACUAGCGCAAGAAGUCACUAAACUGCGGUCUCAGUUUCAGACAGCUGUGUCUGAGAGAAAAGCAGACCUUGUUUCCUUGCAGACAGAGGUUGCUCAAAAGGUGGUACUACAACAGGAAGUGAUGAAACGUGAAGAAGAGGUGACCAGGCUGCUUUUGCAGCUUCAGGAAGCUGCCAGGGAGAAGCAAGCAGACCUUGUUUCCCUGGAAACGGAGUGUGCCCAGAGGGUGGCGCUGCAGCAGGAGCUGUCUGUGCUGCAGGUGCGGCUGCAUGAGUGGGAGGAGUCUAAGAAGAGGGCGGAGAUUAAGGUGCAGGCCCUGCGCCGGGAGCUGGAGACAGUGCAGACGCUCAACAGCACACUGCAGAGGGAGAACAGCGCCACCCAGAGGCUCGCCGACACACUGCAGAAACAGCUGGAGAUGAAGGAGUACGACAGCAAGAAGGCGGUUGAGAAGAGGAAGCAUGCGGGAGAGAAGAGGAGAGUGGAGCAUGACCUCAGCUCCGACAGCCUGAGCCUGGAUGAUUCUCUCAACUCCACCAGUACGCCGGUGGCGAGGAGCUCUAGGCGGCUGGCCAUGAAACAGGGCUCGGUGGAGACGCUCUACUUCACCCCUAUGGGGACGCAGCCCACCACACGGUUACCAGGCGACCGCAUCACCGACUCCGCCCACAAGCUCACCAGCUCCGCACAGCGCAGACGCACCACCCAGACCAUCAACAUCACCAUGAAAAGGAAUGAGAAGCCCAGUCUGCAGGCGGCUCAGUCCCACCCCAACCUGUCUUCCUGUCCUGUUGCCACGGAGCUCCCCACACAGCCUGGCAACCCUGCCACCACAGCAACCGCUGCUGCCAGCGACAACCUUCUCAACCUCCCCGGAUAUCGCCGCAGUAGCAUCUUCAACGCUGCUCCCGCACGAGCCUCCAGUGCCUUCUGUGUGGGGAUGGAGAAUGAGCCUGACCAGGCUGGUGAGGACUGGCUACGCAUCGCUGAGCUCCAGAGACGCAAUAAGAACUGCCCCCAGCACCUCAAGAGCAGCUACACACUAGAGACCAUGCAGGUUUUGGGGGCCCCGUGUGAGGAGGACGAGAUGCGUUUCGGGGACCCCUCGGAGACCCUGCGGAGAGCGUCCACUCUCCCUGGACAGCUGCAGGCCUCGCUGGCCUCCCAUAGGCUCUCAACGGUGCCCGCCAAACGCCCUGCCACCAAUCAGGGCCCAGCCACACCCGAGGUGAAGAGGCAGGCCACCUGUUUCUCACGCCCUCUGACUCCAAAGAACAGGAACACUACACACCUGGCCAAUCAGAACAGCCCGCUAAAGUCUCCGGCUGAGCGUAGGCAGUCCAUGAUGUUCUGCAUCGGUAACACGCCCCAGAAGAACGGUCUGAUCCUGCGCAGCCUCAGGAAGCUCCGCAACAGCGCCCGCAAGAGCCCCGCCUCCCGCUCCGCCGCUGCUGGCCCCGCCCCCCGCCGCUCGCCGCGCAACAGGAACUCCUCCAAGAAGGAGGACCAGUGAAAAAAAAAAAAAAAGAUCAUGCUUUAAGAAGACAGAUUUUACUUUUUGUAUGUAAUUGUAUUCUAUUUUAAUGUAAUUAUGUAAUUCAUUUGGCUUUAUUUCAAUUCAAUAAAGAUCAUUUAUAAAUAA